UUAUUAUGUCUCUGCAGGGCAACGCAGGACGCGCACGGCCUCCGCCUGACGCAAUGGCCCAGCCCUACCCCUCCAGCAACGUACCCACCACCCCCGCAGAAUGGCAUCCCUGCAGAAUACGCUCCUCCACCACACCCACACCCAGCACAGGACUACUCGGGGCAGAGCACAGUACCUGAGCAUGCCUUGACUCUCUACACGCCAGCACAGAGCCACACCGAACAGCCGGGGACCGACGCCAGCACGCAAUCCAUAGCAGGCACACAAACAGUACCGCACACAGAUGAAGCGGCACAGACAGACAACCAGACGCUACACCCACCAGAGUGUGGUUCUGACAAGCAGCAGCCCAAACGGUUACACGUUUCCAACAUCCCUUUCCGCUUCCGGGACCCUGACCUGCGGCAAAUGUUUGGGCAAUUUGGAAAGAUCCUGGAUGUUGAGAUCAUUUUCAAUGAGCGCGGCUCCAAGGGUUUUGGGUUUGUAACUUUUGAAACUAGUGCAGAUGCCGAUCGGGCACGGGAGAAGCUGAAUGGCACCAUCGUAGAGGGACGCAAGAUCGAGGUCAACAACGCCACGGCCCGGGUAAUGACAAACAAGAAGGCAGCCAAUCCCUACACAAAUGGUUGGAAACUGAACCCUGUGGUGGGCACCGUCUAUGGCCCAGAGUUCUAUGCAGUGACAGGCUUUCCAUACCCAGCCACAGGAACAGCGGUAGCGUACCGGGGGGCGCACUUACGGGGGCGGGGGCGCACGGUCUACAACACGUUCCGGGCAGCUCCCCCACCUCCGCCCAUCCCCGCUUACGGAGCAGUGGUUUACCAGGACGGAUUCUACGGUGCUGAAAUUUAUGGGGGUUACGCAGCCUACAGAUAUGCCCAGCCGGCAGCGGCAGCAGCAGCUUACAGUGACAGUUAUGGCCGAGUUUAUGCAGCUGCAGAUCCUUACCACCACACCAUCGGCCCUGCUGCCACCUACAGCAUUGGCACUAUGGCUAGUCUAUACCGAGGAGGGUACAGCCGCUUCACUCCCUACUAGCAAGACAGACCCAGCCCCUCCUCACAAUAGUAACACUGACUGCUCCUUAGAAAUCAAACCAAAAUCAAAUGGACAUGGGCCCCCGCCCCACGCUGCUGGCCCUCGGCAGCCUAAACCACAUAUUUCUUUACCUCAAGCCGCCUCUCAUGCCUCACAUCCCACCUGUCUCUGAUGGUGUGCCGCCAAGUUUGUUUUCAUUUUGCAAAGCUACCAGCCGGGGGGGGAGGGUUGGGACAGGCGCCUGCUUCCGCCAGACCAAACAAAACCAAACAACACCAGCAAGCAGAACCUCACGGAGAGCCUCCCUAGAGCCCACCCUGCUCCCAAGCUUUCCUGCCACAAGCCCCGGGGCCAUGUGGCGCUCGAGAUAGGCCCCCAGUCAGGCCCCCUGCAUUGUGCCGGGUGUUCAGGUCCUUGCACAGGGGAGGGAGGGUGCAGUUAAAAGAACUCAGGAUGUUAUCCCUCUCGGAUGCAAACUGCCCACGCUCCUCACUCACACACACGCAAGGACCAGGUGGGCAGGGCCCCAGGCUGCUCCAGAAUCCCAGCAGGUGCAGGCUGCAGUCCCAACCCACCUUACGCUGCUUAGAUGCACUCAGCCUCCAAGCAACAGCAGGGAGAAUUUUGCUUCCUCUGCCUGCAGGAACUGGAAGCUGCCCCCUUGCAGAGGAAUGAUGCGAUGGGGGAGGUGGAGGAUAGCUUUCCAAGCACGCAGCAAGAGUGAGAGCGGGUGGGGGAAGAGGGAACCCUGCAAGGAGCCCCUGCUCUCUAGGCUUAUCAAACCACAUGCCUAGUGAAGGAGCUGGUUGGGACCAGCCUCCUGGUGGGCUGAAUGAUCCCAGCUCCUUUGUUCGUAUGGGGAGCAGCCGUUCCAUGUAGGAGGUGGGCAGCGCUCUGUGUGAGCAGGUCUGGCACAUACAUCUGUACAGAAAGGGGGCAGGGGAGGGGAGGGCACUUAUGCAGACAUAGGAGGCGGGGCGGGUGCUGGGUGCUGGGAACUGAGUCCCAGGGUCCCACUUCCCAGCUCUACCAUACCCAGACCAGCACACCCCCAGAGAGCAGAAAGCCCUUCCCCGACACCAAGUCUUCCCCGCCUGCCACCUGCAGGUUGCUCCAUGGAACGUUCUGCCUUUGUUUUCUGUUGUAGUGAAACCUUCAGCUGUUUCCUUCUGGGACCAGGAAGGGCACCAAAAAAAAAUUUUUUUUUUAAGCAAAGCAACAAAACAGUUACAAAACUUAACGAGCCAACAAAACAGUUACAAAACUAACAAGCCAAGCGACAGGCCAUCCGGACGGAGCUCAAGCACCGGCCGACCGACCAACCCACCGACCGGGACGGAUGGACGGCAGCCGCCACAGACUCUGCAAAGCCGUCUGCACACCGGGAGACCCGUGCCCUGCUCCCCCCACACCCCGCUGCAGACCCACGGGGCCAGGGACAGGCACUGACACAGACUGGAUUCCGCAGGCCCUCCCAGGCCACCACGUCUUCCUUCCAGCCCUCCUGAAGAA